GCGCGAAGCUGCAGCGAAUAUGGCGGCUUGCAUCUGAUAGAAAGUGAGGAGUCUCGCAUCAAAAUACCCAGUUGACACGGUUGCAUCUGUUUGGGUAGCUGCCUGCCUGACUUGACUCGAAGAAGCACAGUCAUCAUGGGCCGAACGCCACACAGAGAUCAAAAGGAGGAGAAGAAGGAGAGACGGAGCAGCAUCACAGCGGGCUCUGCUCUCGACAAGUCUAAUGAACCGUUCAGCUGGGAGGAGUAUCUGAGAGAAACGUCCUCCACUGCAGCGUCGCCCUCUUGCUUCAAACAGUCCAGAGUCCCCCCCUCCAACGACUUCAAGGCAGGUAUGAAACUUGAAGCACGGGACCCUCGCAACUCUAACUCGGUGUGCAUCGCAACGGUGAUGGGGAUGAUGGGCACUCGGCUACGCCUGCGUCUGGAUGGCAGCGACAACACCAACGAUUUCUGGCGGCUGGUCGACUCGUUGGACAUCCAGCCAAUAGGAACCUGCGAGAGGAACGGAGACAUGCUGCAGCCGCCGCUCGGUUUCAGGAUGAAUGCCUCGUCCUGGCCCAUGUUUCUCUUACGGACGCUCAGCGGUGCAGAGAUGGCCCCAGCUUCGGCUUUUAAGAAGGAACCUGCCAGCCCUGCCAAAAACUACUUUCAGCCUGGGAUGAAGCUAGAGGCAGUGGACAGGAAGAACCCUUACCUGAUUUGUCCCGCCACAGUGGGUGAGGUCAGAGGUCAGGAGAUUUUUGUCAUGUUCGACGGCUGGCGAGGCGCCUUUGACUACUGGUGCCCCUUCGACUCCAGAGACAUCUUCCCUGUCGGCUGGUGUGCCCUGACGAAACACAACCUGCAGCCACCCGGAAACUUCUUUACCCUCCCUGGUGCCCUGCUUGCCCCUGUUUCUUCCACCUCAUCUACACGUCGCUCGUCUUUUAACUCCUCCUCCAUGCAGACCUCGUACCGACUGCCCAACCCCUUGCCUCCCCUCCCUGUACGCAAGGGUGUCCGCGGUCGUCGUCCCAAAUCCCAGACUAUCGCUUUAUUGAAAGCGGCGGCAGAAGCUGCAGCAGCAGCAGCGGUAAAUGGAGCGUCACAAAGCCCGGCCAGAACUAGCACUGAGACUCAACUGGCCCCCAGACCACACAAGAAGAGAGGACCUAAGCCUAAGAACAAGAAGAAGCCUCGGGUGGUACAGUCCCUGGGGGCGUCAUCAGUUACAGCUCCACCUCCAGAGACCAGAUUGAGUAUCAGCCACGUCUCAGCGGACAACAACAACCUUAACAACAGCACAAAUGUAGUUUGCACAGUGUGCGUCUACGUGAACAAGCACGGUGACUACGGCCCGCAUCUUGAUCGAAAACUGGUGCAGCAACUCCCAGACCACUUCGGUCCAGCUCCAGUCAACGCAGUGCUUCAGCAGGCUGUUCAGGCCUGCGUCGACUGCACAUACCAGCCCUCUGUACUGCUGUCAUUUCUGCAGAGCCAGUCCCAUACAGGAGGAGAAGUCAUUAGAGUGCGGUCAGAGCAUGGUAUCCGCUAUGUGAAGCUGCCCUCUGCCUCCAGUGCUUCUUCUGUGCUGCGGUUCCUGGAGAACAUGUGCCAACAUCUGGAGAGUGACAGUCUCUUCAGCUCGCAGCCUUUCAGCCCCUACAGCAACAACACUCGCUUCUACAAUAGGGCCAAGUCAGAACCACUGUGUGUUGCUGAGAACGGCCUGCCUAACAACGAUCCCUCUAAGGAUCCCACUCCGAGCCCCCGCCCUCUUCACAACACGCCAGACUACAGAGCAGCCAAGAGGGAGCGUCCGUAUUACCCUGGACACGCACAGACGCCGCCGCCUCUCCGACGAGUCAGCUCCAACCCCACUGAACCUGGCCCAGUGUGUGCACACAGACGAGUGGAGGCAGCUAGCUCAACAACAGGUCCAGACCACAUGAAACAGGACAAAGAUGCUUCCGGAAACAGCGCUUCCUCCUGGUCGGUUGAUGAUGUCAUACGGUUUGUCCAAGAAGCCGAUCCCCACACUCUCGGGCCGCAUGUGGAACUGUUCAGGAAACACGAGAUUGAUGGGAAGGCACUGAUGCUGCUGCGCAGUGACGUCAUUAUGAAGUACAUGGGUCUGAAGCUGGGCCCUGCGCUAAAGCUCUGUCAUCACAUCGAGAAGCUGAAGCAGACCAAGCAGUAGAGGAUGUUGAUCACUGUCAACCAAACACACACAAACAAGCAUUAUUCUGCAGUGAUAGGAUGCAGUGGAGUCCACAGGAGCCACGGUUGUAGCUACUAACGAGGACACUGAGAUCAUGUUAGCCUUACGUCUUGUGAAUUCUGAGGCGUUUUUAGAAACCUGAAAAAUGGAAGUGCCGAGGAUUUCACCGUCAGAACUUCAGGAUUUGUGGAAAACACUUUGAAGCAGCGUUUGAGCGGCUGUGAAUUUGGGGGAAAUUUUUAGCAGAAGUCUAAACACUUAAAGGAAAAAUGAUAAAAAAAACUAAGCAAUUCUGAAUCGUAGUGAAACUCCCCCAGUGGACUGUUUAACUUGAAAUUGGCGUCUUCUUUAAAUGACAGACAUCUGUUUAAAGUACAUGAAGUUAAUCUUAGUACAUGAAGUCAACAUUUACAUAGCUGUAAUUAGUGUCAGAUAUCUGAUCAUAGGUCAUUGUGUUUAUGUUUAUGUCCUUUUUGCCUUAUUUUGAAUAACUGGAUGCCAUAAUUUGUCAGUCUUUAUUAACUUACCUCUACAGAUACACACUGAUGUACACUAUAGGUUUUGUUUUUAUUUUAUUUUAUUAUUUACUGUCUGGCUUAUUUUUUUUCCUUUCCCUGGUCAGGUUUUCAGGGUGGCUGCUCUGCACAAAAGACGUGGAAGGUUAGUUCAGGUACUGGCAGUGAACGUCUCGCUGCGUAAUUUCUAACAAGGCAAUAAAAGCUUCUGAAUGACUGCAUCUCUUACAGACUGUCGGGUUUAGUUUUGUGCAUGCCAGUAGUGAAUGUAGGAAGACAUGAGCAUUAUUGAUGGGUACUGAUCAACAGGGGCGCCCCAGUUAGUUUAUGUAAAUUAACGUGGAAAUAUUGGAGAAGCCCAGUUUUCUGAAGUCAUUAAACACCUCAUUUAUAAUCUUUUAGGUAACAAUAUCAUUUUUGCAGAGCGGGUACACUUCCUAUUUAAAUGAUGACUCUCAUUUUUUACAGCGCAGGCUGUAGAUUAAGACGAAACGGUUACCGAGGAGUUAGUUCUCUCUCAUUUGUGUUUGUCAGUAUGCGGCAGGACAUUCAAGCUAGUUAGUCUCAGCUUGAACACUGAUGUGUUUAUAUGAUUGUAUUAUGCUUGGACAGUCAAACCCAUUAAAUACACAAAAGACAUACAAUGACUGGAAGGCUGUAAGUGUUUUGGCAUAGAAAUGCAAGCAGGUCAAGCUUGAGCGCUGUACAGGAAGUCAAAAGUGCUCUUUCCUGGUGGAGCACAAGAUGGAGAAACUGUUUUGUAUAAAGUUGAGCUAAAAAGUUGAUUUUUAAAAUAUGAUUUUUGUACUGUAACAAAGUGUAUCAAGCGUAAGUGUAAUCAUUUCUUUCUGCCUGACAGUUUUUGUUGUUGUUUUUUAUUUUUUCCUGUGUGUGUGUGUGUGUGCACUGUCAAAUAACUACGUACGGGAAGAUAUUGUGUCUGAGUAAUUAUUCACAAGUCUCAAAGUAUUUAUCUGUUACUGAUGGCAGAAAUCCUCAUUUUCUGAACAUUUCAGAACAAUUUUCGAACCAAAUCAUGUCUUUUGUAGCUGCAUUUCACACUGUUGCUCUCCUGUAGUGGUAACAAGUUGAUACUUGAAACCGUUCUUGCUUUAAUGUGAAACUCAGGUUUUUAGUAAGGUUUGUUUCUUCUUAGAUGUUUUACAUCAUUAGAAUUUUGUGUUCAUUGCUAAAGCAUAGAGGGACUGCACAACAACCAUGUAUAUUUUCUAUGCCUUGUCAUCUCGCUUUGCAGCAUUUCAUAUGUAUAUAUAUAUAUAUAGAUAUAUACACGACUUUUUACUGUAUGUUCAACAAAAGAUGUUUGUUAAAUAUGUUUGAUAUGUAUUCACACGAUUAAACAUUUGUUUACAUCAUCUUAGUGUUUGAGG